AUGGAUGAGCCUAAUACUUCCAAACGAGUACCCAAGAUCUCUGAGGCCGACAGACUCGGUGAUAGCGUGAAGACACAGCCAAAAAAAGCCAAAGCUAGCCUACCCACUGGAGACACUCUCACCAGCCUGAGUGAGGAGAGGGUGCCCAAGAAAGUUACCGUAACAUUUCUGGCAGAUAAUUCUGUGACGGCGUCAUCACUGGCUGCACCAAGUCGAGGAGCCGUUGUCCACACAGAGCAGGAAGACACCUUGCUCAGUGAUGAACCAACUAAUGAUAGUGUUGAACUUGUGCUGACCGACUCGGAGGUUGAAGAAGAAAGUGCCAAAGAUGAGCUAAAGCAGCUCAUGAAAGAUUGGAACUCACCGGCAUAUGCCUUCUUUGAUCCAGUUCCAAAGAUCAUCGAGCAGAAUGGGCGGAGUUCCUGGACCCGUCUAGGGUACAGGUAUAACGAUUUUUUUGUCUGUCUCCUGUUGGAGAGUCUCGAUAUGUUCAUAUUUUCUCGCGCCCUCUUAUUUCUCUCUUCGUCUCCUGUUUCGGUGGUGCUGGUCGCUUGCUACCACAUGGCUACAUCUUCGUCGUCUGCUGCGGCUUCUCCGUUUGCUCUUAUUUCUCCUGUCUCUCUUGUUUCAACAGAUCAGCAAAUGACUGGUGAUAGGGUGUCUUGUCCAAUGAUCGCUACUGGCCCGCUCGCAGUCCGCUCGGUUUGCUUGUUUCGGUCCAUAAUUUCUCGCGCUUCUUAUUGUUUUCCCUUGCCCCCUUUCGUUGAGGGGCUUCUUCUCUGA